AUGCGAGCAGGACAUUCGUCCACUUCUCUCGAGUUACCCACCGUACCUGACGACGACGAAGACGACGACGACGAUGAAUUUCGAUGGGGGAACCGCCUACUCGAGUCCGACGCCGACGACGAAUACGACGGCGCUAUCGCAGAUAGCUCGCCCGUAGCCGCCUCCGAAGCCUUCCAGUUCGAUGAACUCCCUUCGUCCAACGAACACACACCCACCACAUUUGCCCAUCAAAGAAGCGGCGAUAGGUUACCCGAGACCAUCAUCUCCGAAUGGACUGCGGAAGAGACGGCCGAUUUCAUCAGCACCAUUGGCCUUCAGCAAUACUCGGAUGUCUUCCUAGAAAACGACAUUGUCGGAGAGGCGUUAAUCGCCUUAUUGCACGAUGAUCUCAAGAGCAUGGGGAUCAACAGUGUCGGCCAUCGACUGACCAUCCUAAAAGCGUCUACGACGUCAAAAGGCUCAAGACCUGCCGACGCCGAAGCCCAGUAUGCGACCGCGACGCUCAAAGAUAUCAAGCAGCUUGUCGAGCAGCUCCGCCUCCGAGACGAACGCAUGAAUCUCUUUGAGAGCGAUCUCAGACGCCUGACUGAAGACUUUAGGCGCCUGCGGGAAGAUAUGCUCCCCGCCCUGCGACUCGCCAAAGACGCCCAGCAACCCCUGCCCAACAACCCAAACAACCAAGUCUACGCCUUCGAAACGUCGACGCUGUCGCCGCCCGCACCCACCCCCUCGUCGAGCCAAUCCACUGGCGGCCUUCGACGUCAAUUCUCGACCAAGAAACUGGCACUCGGGUCCAUGCCCAAGAACAACUCACCAACCCACCUCCAAACUACCCACGAGCGCUCUCUGGUGGAGCAAACGUUAGACCCGACCAACGCCGCCGAACGCGCCGUACUCUCUUCAUCCCACCUGGCGGCCGUCAACGGCUCCGGACAAAGCACGUCGCCCAUCUUCCCGCCCCCGAACAUCCCAUCGCCCACAUCCCCUCCCACCGGUCUUGGUGGAACGAUGCUCGCCUCCCGAUCGUACCGGGCCGAGGCGCCCACCCCUUCCACCCGAUCUACCUUUGCCGAGAAUGACCACCCACGAGAGAAGCCGAUACAAGCCCCGAGAAGGAAGGAGACCCCUGCGCCGGAUACCCCCAGUUCGAGCAACGCCUCGGUCGAAAUUUUCAAGUCCUUCCGUGUCAGCAUGGACGAUCCCUGCUACAAAGUGCUGCCUGCCGCCCUGAAAAAGUAUCAAAUAAAUGCACCAUGGGACCAGUACGCCUUGUAUAUUGUCUAUGGGGAUCAGGAGAGAUGCCUAGGCCUGGACGAGAAACCCCUCAUCCUGUUCAAGCAACUGGAUCGGGAAGGAAAGAAACCCAUGUUUAUGUUACGAAAAACGAAUAAUGCCCAAGUCGACCUCACCUCGGAUAUGCCCGGAAGCGCGGGAUUAGGCGGUUCAGCGAGAGGUGCUGCUACACCAUAUGACCCUCCGGGAGGCAUCAUUUGA